AUGGCUGAUGGCUCAUCUUCAGUGACUACUACAAAUCAACGUACACCAAUUAAUCCUUCAUUACCUAUUGAAUAUCAAAUACGCCCACCUAAUCUACCAGCUACACGUGAAACACCAUUAUCUGGUUUAUCUGCACCUGUCUAUCGUCCACGAUCAAUCUGGUACGAACUUUGGAAAUCUAAAUUAGCUUUUAUAUUAUUUUGUACUACAUCAACAUUUAUCUAUUUUGAUUAUCAACGUACACAACGAUAUAAAUUACAAAAAGCUAUAAACGCAGCAAAAGUAUGUUUUAAACGUUGGUAUAUAUUUCCAUUUAUUGGUUAUUCAUUAUUUGUUCAAAAACAUGAAAAUCUUCGACAAGAUUAUUUUCGUAAUCGAAGUCAAUUAGUUGGUGGAAUGAAAGAACCAAAUUGGUGA